GCCAAAACAGUAACGGCCACACUGCCCCCUUAAAUGAUGGUCAAGAAACCACAGGAAACCCAACCGUAUGGCCCACCGGCAUAGCCUCCUGCAGUAGAAACACAUUAAUAGAAGUGCUUGGGCACCCUCCAACUCGCUCCUCGCCCUUGGGCCACACGUUCACUGGCCUCCGAAACUCCCUGUGAGGGUGCCCAAACACCGAUCAAGCCACCAGGUCUGGCCCUACAUGGUAGCACCCAAACUAAACCCACCUAUUUCUCCAUAUUGAUGGCCAAAAAAAACCUCCCUAUUGCUCACCAUGCAAGACCCUCUACACACUUCUUCGUGCACAGCUACAUUGCUGCCUUCAUUAGGCUUAAUGAUGCCUUCGGGCACCUACUGGCUCAUCUACAAUUCCCUUCCCCUUUCUUCUUCUACCGACCAGCGACGAGCGACUGAACGAGCGAACGCACGAGCUCGAUACCAACUCUCUCUUUAUACGCGGCCUAUAUGCAAAUCUCCAAUACUGUACGCCAUCUUGUUUACCACACUUCUUCUCCUGCUUACUUCCUUCCAAUACACACGUCUGCUCUACAACCCAGCAAGACUCGUGCAAGGAGACGCACACAAAACAAUACUGUUAGGAGACCAGAAAACGAAAGUUGCAUGUAGGAUUGAUUCCAUCCUAUACUCUACUUAUGUUCCACAUUGAAUGUUCUUUUACGUCGACAAAUCAACGGUAGUAACAUGCAAAACUGGCUAUCGAAUGGGACAGGGACCUAAAUUUAAUAUCACUUGUGUGGCAAGUGGAAAGUUCGAAAAAGCAAUACCUAAAUGUAAAGAUGUCGAACAUCAUCAAGGAACUCCACAAGGAAAUGGUUUUUUCUACGACACCUCCAACUCUAACUGUGAACGUGAUGUCUUUGAGCGCCUCUGUCCUUGUGUUGUGCUGUACAUCCAUGUGGUUGAUACGGACAUGAUACCGUUGUGUUUCUUGUUGGAAAAGAAUAUGGCCUCACUAAUCUUUACACUUACCUCCAAGACCUCUUUUCUGGGGCCAAUGUAUGUCAUGGUAACCUAUGGAAUGAAGCUUUGCAGGGCUGUAAACUAAAUAAAACAUGUGGAUAACCAUUGUGGUGAUAACAACAUUCAUCGUUCCCUCCAUCACCAUUACGAGUUCUUCGAUGCCGUCUUUCACUAAAGUUUUAAUUGGGAAUGAAACAGAAGAAGAACGAUUGUUCAGGCAUUUGUUCAAGAAUUAUAAAGAGAGGCGACUGGUACAACCCGUGGUUGAUAGAUCGAAACCAAUAAAAGUGGAAUUCGACGCUCAUUUGCUAGGACUAGCAAAAGUGAAUGAAAAGGAGCAAAGUAUAAAAACUCAUUUAUGGCUAAGAGAGGAAUGGAAUAACCCUUUGCUGACUUGGACUCCGACAGAGUUUGAUAACAUCAAAGAGAUCAGUGUACCUGCUAACAUGCUGUGGGUGCCAGAUAUCAUACUGUACAACAAGUACGUUCCUGCGCCACGGAUCUGUCAUUAUUGUGCUGAUGACAGAGAUGAAGGAGUAAGUGUGUUCAAUACGAAAGUCAUUGUAAAAUAUGACGGCAAUAACACAUGGCGUGCACCGGCGAUUUACAACAGUAUGUGUGUGCUUGAUGUCAAGUAUUUCCCUUUUGAUGAGCAGACGUGUGACCUCGUAUUUGCUUCUUGGACACGUGAUAUCAAAAGCCUCAAUCUGGUUGUUGGCAACAACCGAGUUUCACGCAGCCCAAAAGACACCAAAUUCUUUCAAGAAAACGAAGAAUGGCGAGUACUAUUUGCAACCAUUGAAAGGAAAGAGGUAAAAUUUGAUUGGUCUGAGAGUCCAGUCGCAGAAGUCACAAUUUCUCUUCGUUUACAACGCCGUACCUACUACUACGUUAUGAACUUGAUUCUACCGUGCACUCUAAUUGCUUGUACAAUAUUUCUGGAAUUUAUUCUCCCUGCCGAAUCAGGAGAAAGAGUGGGACUGGGUAUUACUAUUUUGCUGUCUAUGGCGGUGUUUCAAGAACUAACUUCGGAAAAAUUACCAUCAAGCUCUGAGCACUUUCCACUACUUGCCAUGUAUUACUCAGUUUCCAUCAUGGAAAUUGGCACUGCAUUAGCCGCCACAUGCAUUAUUCUUAACAUCUAUCACCGCAAAACAGAGAUGCCAGCUUGGUUUAGAAGACUGGUGCUGGGUUGGCUGGCGCCUCUAGUUAAAUGCAAACCUCGCUGUACGUCCCGAGAAAUAAUGGAGACCCAGCAUGAGGAGGCCAUGAUCAACAUGAUGACUUUCAAGUCCUCGGACGUAAGAAGAAAUGACGUUUAUGAAUUUGACCGCGAAUCAGUGGACCUUGACAUGGACCUAAUAGAAAACAGCGCACAAUCGCGCUGUACUCAAAGAGACCAUCUUGUGGCUCCAAACGGCUCCGUACCUUGUAAUAACAUUCCACGAAAAAGGUCUACGAGAGGAUGUCAGGACGAGGACAACUGUAACACAGACCAAUCAAUAAAUGAUCCUAUGAAUGUCCAUCGCUUACAACUUUCUGAGCGCAUGAACGAAGAAAUACGUAGAAAGGAGUGGCAAGAUGCUGCCCGUGUUCUCGAUCGAGUGCUCUUGGUAGUAUCAAUUGUCGUUGGAUCGGCAUCUGCUAUGGCAAUAUUUCUACAGUCUCCAAGAAUACGUGGUCUUUUUAUUCCGUAAGAGCGUAAUCAUACCGGGUGGUACACAUUUUAGCUCGCCCGAAAGAAGUAGCUUUUCAGUUACAUCUCAAUGGGAUAUAAGAAGAACAAACUUCUCACUGCCAUUUCUUUGAAGAAAGUUUGCAAAACAACUAGCUAGAGUAGUUAUAGCCUGGAAACAGGUUCUGUGGGGAAGGGAGGGUAAAGGUGUCUCGAGAGUUUAAAAAAAAUUAGUUUCAGCUCAAAAAAAUAUGUUCCUAAAUUAUGAACGUUUUUUCACAGGUUUCUUUCAAUAUUCUUAGUUCGAAAUUGUAUUAAUUCCAGAUGGACGUUAAAUAAUGGAUAACAUGCAUUUUUUGRGCUCUCUAUAUAUUUAUCUUACCAGUCUUAAUACUCCAACUUCGAGUUGCUUACGGGUUAGCCUCGAUUAUGUGUAAAAAAAACGCACAAUGGCAAGAUCAUUGUCGGACAUAAAAAACAUAGGACAUAAAAGCUAAGAUGUURAUGAGAUGUAUCCAGUGUUGCAACUAGUGAAAUGUUCAGAAACUCUUGGACUGAUAGAAAGGGUGGAGGCUUUUAACACAUGUUUGAUAUCGACUAUGUAACUUAAAUAAAUACAUCAGAUGAUAAA